GGUGCCGCCAGGUAGGUCGGCUGCACGUCGCGAGUGAAAAACUGCGAAUUGUGAAUCCACGCAAUGCUGGACGACGUAGUUUGCGUGGCAGCGGUCACAGUCCUGGGAGUUCUAGAGCAAGCUUACUUCUCCCUGCAGGUGAUCUACGCCAGGCGCAAGUACUCUGUCUCCCCCCCAUGUACCAACGGGCCCCCCGAGUUUGAGAGAGUUUUCAGAGCCCAGGCAAACUGCUCCGAGUACUUUCCCAUCUUCAUCACCAUCCUCUGGGUGUCUGGCCUGUUCUUCAGCCCAGCUGCCGCCUCCAUUUGUGGGCUCCUCUACCUGUACGGGCGCUACCUGUACUUCCAGGGAUACUCUGCAUCAGCACAUGGCAGGUUGGCUCCGCUCUAUUUCAGUGCAAAAGUUCUCUGGCUGCUGAUUGGUCUGUCUGCUCUCGGGGUUCUGAACUCCAUGAGUCAGCUGUACCUGGGGCUGGACAUCCUGCAGCAGCUGAGUGGCCUCUUCUUUGACUGAGGGAGAGCGGUGCGCAGCUCCACGGCUCCUUCCCCAAGUCCCGAGGCCUCGAACAACCCCUUCCCGGCCAGGUCAAAUACACGGCAGGAAAAUGUUUUUGUGAGGGUGUGCUGCUCCAGGAUCACCUCCUCCCCUUUCCCUCUAAAUUCCAGCACUCCAGCUGUCUCCAUGCUCUCUGUGCUUUGAACACUGCCAGAAGGACAAUGCAA